CAAAAUACUCUUUUUUUUCCUCAAGAGGUUAGCAUCUUGAAGAACAAGAAACAUGUCACGAGUCCUAGUGAUUUUCAUUGUUCUUGUCUCUGUUUCCGCGGUUUCAGCAGCGAAGAAAGGUGCUUAUGAUGCAGCUUCAACGAACUACAAGGUGUUGUCUCCACUUGGAUCGGGCCAAGAGCGAGUUCGAUGCUUGGCCAGAGGAUACUGUAACGAUAAGAUCCUCACUUGUCCCAAGGAAUGCCCCCAAAGGAAACCUCAGAUGAACAAGAAGGAAAAAGCCUGUUUCAUCGAUUGUAGCAGCAAAUGUGAAGUCACAUGCAAAUGGAGGAUAGCAAACUGCAAUGGAUAUGGUUCUUUAUGUUACGAUCCAAGAUUUGUAGGAGGAGACGGAACGAUGUUCUACUUCCACGGAAACAAAGACGGGAACUUCGCCAUCGUCUCUGACGAGAAUCUUCAAAUCAAUGCACAUUUUAUCGGUACAAGACCUGCUGGUAGAACCAGAGACUUCACAUGGGUUCAAGCCUUCUCAGUCAUGUUCGAUACUCACAACCUAGUCAUCGCUUCCAAGAAGGUUUCCUCUUGGGACGACUCUGUAGACUCUCUUGUCGUGAGAUGGAACGGGGAAGAAGUUGAAGUUCCGACAGGAGGUGAAGCAGAGUGGAGAAUCAAUCUUGAAGAAAGGGAAGUUGUUGUUGAGAGAACAGAUGUGAGGAAUAACGUGAGAGUCACGGUAUCUGGGAUUGUUCAGAUGGAUAUUAAGGUUAGACCAAUAGGGAAAGAGGAAGACAGAGUUCAUAACUAUCAGUUGCCUGAAGGUGAUGUCUUUGCUCAUCUUGAGACUCGGUUCAAGUUCUUUAGCUUGAGUGAUCUCGUUGAGGGUGUUUUGGGAAAAACAUAUCGGCCUGGAUACGUUAGUCCGGUUAAGAUUGGAGUCCCUAUGCCAAUGAUGGGUGGAGAAGACAAGUAUCAGACUCCUUCUCUGUUCUCACCUCUCUGUAAUGUCUGCAGGUUCCAAGGCAAACCUGGUCCUGGUGUGGCUAAGUACUAAAUGUUCAAAGAUCUGUUUGUUUUUUGUUAAUCGAAAUGUGUUUACAUUGUAGUGUUUAAGCAUCGUUAAAUCGAGAUGUUCUGU